CUAAACUUUAUGUAAGAGAAAUCUUCACAUGAGAAAAUUCCUCGAAAAAAUUUUUAAUUAUUAAAUAAUAAUUUAUAAAGGGUCAUUGAUUUGGUUUCAUUUAAAUUUUUUUAAUUAAAAAAACAAAUUUAGUGACUGUAACCUGCAUUAAACAACUAAAUUUUCCAACGAUCCCGUUGCCACCAGCUGAGCACUCUUUUCUAUCAUCACAUGUAAAAAAAGAGGAAGCCAAAUUCAAUAUCAUUUAGCUAUCUAUUUCGCUUUUAAAUUUGUCUUAUUGAUUAUUUAAAUAAUGGAAGGUGAAGAAGAAUAUACUACCGCUAAUGCUGGAGCUUCUGCAACUUACCCCGUGCAGUGUUCUUCUCUUCGAAAAAACGGUUUUGUAAUGUUGAAAACUCGUCCAUGCAAAAUCAUGGAAAUGAGCACAUCAAAAACAGGAAAACACGGGCAUGCCAAGGUUCAUCUUGUAGGACUUGAUAUUUUUACUAAUAAAAAAUAUGAAGAUUUAUGUCCAUCUACACACAAUAUAGAUGUUCCAAAUGUUAAUCGUUGUGAUUUUCAACUUAUUGAUAUUAGUGAUGAUGGAUUUGUGACCUUAAUGAAUGAUAAAGGAGAAACUCGUGAUGAUCUCAGAAUUCCUGAGGGAGAAUUGGGUACCAAAAUUAGAGAAGAAUUUGGCAAAGAAGAUAUUACAGUUAUAGUUACAGUGCUUUCAGCUGUUGGUGAAGAAGCAAUCGUAGCUUGUAAAAAUGCAAGUUAAAUGACUGCAAUAAUAAUAAAAAAAUAUGAACUUGUUACUGGGGAGCAUUUUUUCCUAUGUGGCUUCUUCUGUGUUUUUAAGAAUAAAGCAUUCCCUGCAAUUUUUACCACGCUUCUAAGCUACAACUGGAGAAAUAUAUAAAAUGUGUGUUAGUUGAAAAUUCACUGCUUACCUCUUAAUCAAUCAAGAUUUUCAUAAGGUGUGAAAUAUUUUUGACACUCAAAUUAAAAAAUUUACUAAAUUAAAGGCAAUAUGUAAAAUUUGUGCUUUUCUGAAAUGCUAACUUUAUUCUUUGAAGAAAAACAUAUAUUUAAAUUAAGGUGCUAAAUUCUAAAACUUUCGACCUAAUUGUUUUUGUUGUCAUUUCUUUCCAUAAAAAAUGUCUUCAUCAGUAAUAAACCAAAUUGUGUUUUGUA